ACAAAUUGCAUAGCGGAAGGUGUAUUGUGUAAUGAAAUAAAAUAAAAUAAAACUCUUAAAAUUAUUAGCCAUUAAAAAGGUAAUGGAAGUUAGAAAAAGUGAGCAUUUUAAUAAAGAUCUGCAAAUAUAAGUGUUUGUAAAAACUCCAUAAAUUGCAAAAAAUAUAUAGUUCAAGAAAAUAUACUAUAGAAAUAAUUCAACUGCACUCACUCGGAAGCCAACAACAUGGUCUACGAUAUGACACACAUGGUACCCGCAGAAAGCAUCUCAUUGGGUCGUUAUUAUCUGCAGGAUCUCAAUGGUAGUGCCGAAAAUCAUGAUUAUGUAUUAGAUAUCGAUCGUCGCUUUCAGGCGCGUAUGGCAUGUGAGACAAUGUCCCAAGCAUCACCGCCACCACCACCUACGCCAGCACCACGACGACGUACAACACCAAUAGCGCAUUUGGACCCGUCCGAAUUGGUGGGUCUUUCACGUGAAGAGCGUCGCCGACGUCGACGUGCUACAUUGAAAUAUCGUACAGCGCAUGCAACACGGGAACGUAUACGUGUGGAAGCCUUCAAUGUAAGUUUCGCUGAGUUGCGCAAGCUGUUGCCCACUUUACCGCCGGAUAAGAAAUUAUCAAAAAUCGAAAUACUCAAAUUGGCUAUAUGUUAUAUAGCGUAUUUGAAUCACGUACUGGAAACGCCGUAAAGAAGUUCAUGCAUAUAUAUUAAACACGAGAAUUAAGUUCGGUAUAUAAUUGGAAAUUUUAA